CGGUGACAAGAAGGCGUACGCCACCCGCCGACACACCAUGGAGGUACCCCUGUCGGAGGGGGAGGGGCUUGAGGACCUGGAUACGGCCAGAGGGUUUGUCUGUGUGGGGGAACAACAUGGCCGCCAGGGCCUGUAUCUGGGCGGUCAGAGAAUCCACAGGGAGUCGACAAGCAGCGACCACCGCAGUGACCACUGCUCCAAGGAGUUGGUGAUGAGGAAACUGGCCCUGUCCGAGAGGAGGGACUCCUUUAAGAAGCAGAAGGCGGUGCAGGAGGUGAGCUUUGACGACCCGGAUGAGAAGAAGGAGCCAAGACCCACCCUCCCUGUCAGACAGCCGCGGUUUAAGGCAUCGUGGAUUAACUUGGCUCAGUCCGACUGGAGCCUGGAGGCUGCGGGGCGAGGAGCACAGGGUACAGCAGCACAGAAAUCCAAACCAAAAGAGAGGGAGGGGUUUUAGCCUAGCGUUGCUCCAAAAAGGUGAAAGGUAGAGUCUUUCUCAAGACAGCAAGACUCUAGACUAAGGUUUACAUACUCUCUUACCGACAACUGUACAGUAUAUGAAGGGCUUGCAUGUUUAUCCGCAAGUAUAUAGUCAAGUUGUGCCAAUCGAGGCAACCGGAGGGAGAGAAGAACAAAAAUAAAAUUGUUACAUGGUGGAGUUAACAUUACAGUACGCAUCCUACCACACUAAACAAAAACUUUUGAGUGCCAAAAUUGGUUUACAUCCUAUUUUUGGUUUCCCCCCCCUUCCCCCUUUGGUUUUAGGUUCACUGUAGCACCUGUAACAUGUUUGUACUUUGUAAAUAUGUUUUUUUUUUUUAUUAUUUUUUUUUUACUGAAAUAACCUAUUCAUGACUUUUUAAUGUUCAUUUGAUUUUAUUUCAGGGCUGAAUAUGACAUGUAUUAUUGGCCCUAUUUGUGUUAAUCGCACAAAUUAGGUGCAGCCAUUCUGUUAUGUGAAUUGAUAGGGACUUGAGGAAACUAAAUUAAGAACAAAUGUUUUAGAUGUGGUUUCUAGAUGGAGACAGAGGAUGAAGCAAUUUUUUUGUCCAUUAUCUCUUACAUUUUUAAUUGGUUAACAUUUUAUAAGUAUUCCAAAAGUGUUUAAUCUCUUGGAAAAUGGCUGCUGAUUUUUGUCUGAUCAAAUAUGGCCUUUCAAACGUAUGUUGAGUGUUUAUGUACUUAGUGUGUCCAAGCCCUUUUAAUUCAGUGCUGUCUUUUAACACACUAGAACAAUAAUGUGUUGGUAAUGAUUUGUAGUCACUAUCUGGACUGGAUCCAAGAGAAUCAGGGAAAGUGUGUCACGUUUUAAAAGGCCUUGGCACAAGUUUGAAAGGUAUCUACGUUUGGUAUGCUUUGAAAUGGUGCCCCCAUGCCAAAGCGUGGAUUUCUCAUAGGAACCCUUCUAAAAAAAAGAGGUAGUGUACAUAGGAGGCUUCAGGAAUGGGGCCCUGCUGCCAUGCUCUGUCAAUCAUCCAGUGAAAUCAUCAAAUGGAUUCCACCAAUUCUCUCAUUGGUUUAAAUCACAAAAUGAUUGACAGGACACAAAAUAAAUUAAGCUAAGUUCUGCCAUUACUACCUUUUUGAUACUAGAUUGUUGGCGAUCCUGCAAUGCCAUACUUACCUGCUUGUUGACGCAAGCUACCCUACAAUCUAAUUUAGCAGGAGAGCGUUUGUACAGGUUAGGCAUUUCCUCUUAACGCAGUUCUCGUUGUUUUUCAGAACCCUGGUUUAAGAAUCGUAGAGUGUAUGUAGGAACUGGCUCUUUUUGCUGUUUUUAACCAUGUUAUAUGAAUGUUUACAUUUUUUGGGGUCAAGUGUACUGUAUUUGAAGUUUUUCCAUCUGCUGUUAAAUUAUUACAACGAAUGACGGGAAACGGCAGGAUUCCAACAGAAGCCCUGAAGGAUAAAUAAAUUGGAAUAUUUUUGGGUUGUAUAUUUUGACAUGGAAGCAGUCUUGUUGUAUUGCUGAUUCGCCUAUGCUAUUCACACACACCGUAACUAAUCUAAACGGCAGUUGGCAACGAUUUAAAAAGUGACUUUUUGGGGGGUAGAACAGCAGACUUGAUAGAAUGACAGUGGUUUGGUGAGAGAUUUGAAGAUGGUUUUGCUCUGAACUUUGUGUACUCUCAUUGGCACAUUGUUUUCUUCUGCAACUAUGGAAUUAACAACCAAAAUGCUUCCACUCUUGGUUAUUUCAAAUACGCUGUAAUAUCAGGAUGAACUGUCAUACUCUGUCAGGUAAUGUUAGAAACGCGUGUUUCACUGUUUGCUUUGGCGAGGGGAAUAUUGACAGAGUUAAAAUACUAAUUUAGCACCAACUAAUACUUGAACAACUGGAAUGAGAUGGGAUAGCGCAAGGUCAAAUAUAAAACGCAUCUACUUUUAUUACCCAACAUUUGUUUACUUAAUUAGUACUUGAAACGUGUGUUUCUUGAGGAUAUAAUCAAAUAAGUAAUUCAAUUCACAAUAGAUUUCCCAGAUCUUGAUAUUGUCAAAAAUGUGGUCCCUUUAUUGGAAAUACUGCAUCAUCAUACUAGACAUUUUUACUGAAUAACUACAUGUUAUAUUUGUCAGAUGUUUUUAUGGUCUAGCUUGCUAGAGAAUUUGUCUGAUUCUUACAGUAUGGCAAAGCUGACCAAGAUUGUGAACAUAACCAUUCUGCAUUUCUACUGUUCAAUGUUACACAAAAAAACACUGGUUCUGAAUGCACCCAAAUUCGUGUACAUUUUUUACGUCACUGAAUUGUAUUCAUUUAGUUUUUUUUUUAAAUUCAACUUCAUUAACACUUAAUAAUAAUGGGGGUGAAGUAUGAGGUGCACCCGGUAUACAACCAGCUGAUGAUACUUUCUCACAUUUUUCCUGAUACUGUAUAUGGAAAAAGGGGACAUCUGUAAUGUUGAUUUCGCACAUGGGUGGUCAAUUGUAAUUCAUAUAGAUAAUUCACAUUGUUUUGUUCGGUCUUUACCUUGGUGGCCCUCGAAUGACUUCAUUUCAUAUUUCCCAAACUGGUUUCUGGUGAAAGUUGGUGUGAAAUCUAUUGCUUUAUACGGUCUAACAGCAUUUGAAAUAAAUGAAUGGCAGAAGACUAA